GACGCAACACAUGCCCACCUCUCAAAGAAGUACGGAAAGUGGGGUCGCGUCCUCGGCUCAGGCGCAGGCGGCACUGUCCGUCUCAUAAAGGCCAGCAGCAAGAACGGAGGCUCCAUCUUUGCCGUAAAAGAGUUCCGUCCAAAACGUACCGGAGAGUCUGAAAAAGAGUACCAGAAAAAGGUCACCGCUGAGUUUUGCGUCGGUUCCACCCUCAAACACCCCAACAUCAUCCAGACCGUCGACAUCGUCAGCGAUCACGGCCACUACUACGAGGUCAUGGAAUACGCCCCCUACGACCUCUUCUCCGUCGUCAUGUCCCACAAAAUGUGUCGUCCAGAAAUCUACUGCGUCUUUCGCCAGAUCAUCUCCGGCGUCGACUACCUCCACUCCCUCGGCCUCGCCCACCGCGACCUCAAACUCGACAACUGCGUCAUGACCUCCUCAAACGUCGUCAAACUCAUCGACUUUGGCACUGCCACCGUCUUUCACUACCCUGGCUCAUCACCCACCCUCGCCACAGGCGUCGUCGGCAGCGACCCCUACCUCGCUCCAGAGGUCCUCACUCAAAAGGAGUACGAUCCGAGGAAGACCGACGUCUGGAGCGUCGGCAUCAUCUUUUGCUGCAUGCUCCUCAGGAGGUUCCCCUGGACGAUACCCGACGUCAAGACCGAUAAGAGCUUUAGGGCCUUUGUCCAUGCC